AUGAGAGGUGCUGUUUGGGGUGCCGUUCACGGCAUUCAAGAGUUGGGGCUUAACUCCAGUGCCUAUCAGUUGACGCAAGAUUUCGAACAAAAGGAUUUCUUAAGACCUUUUGAGCACAUUAUGAAAAGCAACGGCUCGAUUGCCAUCCGAGAUAUGGUGGUGCGAUGUAUUGCACAGAUGGUGAACAGUCAGGCCAGUAAGAUCAGGUCCGGCUGGAAGAACAUCUUCAGUGUGUUCCGAAUGGCAGCCUCUGAUAACGACGAGUAUAUCAUUGAUUUGGCGUUUCAGACCACUUGUAAUAUAAUCAACAGUAUAUACGACCAGAGCUUCCAUUCACUGAUCGACUCGUUUCAAGACGCCGUCAAAUGUCUGUCAGAGUUUGCCUGUAAUCACAACUUUCCCGACACGAGUAUGGAAGCCAUUCGCCUGAUCCGCACCUGUGCCCGAUAUGUGGCCGAACAGCCGCACCUCUUUGGCGACUAUAGUAUGGAUGACCAGAGCAGUGGAAACCUCACAUCAGAGAAGGACAGGGUUUGGGUGAGGGGUUGGUUUCCUAUUCUCUUUGAGCUGUCCUGCAUUGUAAGCACCUGUAAGUUAGACGUGAGGACUCGUGCCCUGACUGUGAUGUUUGAAAUAACCAAAUCUCACGGCUCAUCGUUUUGUGACCACUGGUGGCAAGACUUGUUUCAGAUAGUCUUCAGAAUAUUCGAUAACAUGAAACUUCCCGAACAACACAACGAGAAGUCCGAAUGGAUGACCACUACAUGCAAUCAUGCCUUAUAUUCAGUGAUUGAUGUAUUCACUCAAUACUUCGACACAUUGAGUCCAUUGCUGUUGAGUGAUGUCUAUUCGCAACUCUUGUGGUGCGUCCGACAGCAAAACGAACAGUUGGCGCGUUCGGGAACUAAUUGUCUCGAAAAUCUGGUUAUCUCUUGUGGUAUGAAAUAUACGGAACAAACGUGGCUUAAGACCGCCGAUUGUAUUCUUGAAAUGUUUGAGUCGACACUUCCUCAGGAACUGUUGGAUUGGAAGGCAAAUGACUUAAGUUAUUCGCCGUCAAAGAAACCGACAAUGAAUGCAAACUCUGGUGGCGACGAGAAAGACAAAGCAAAUGCAGUCAAACAGAUGUUUAGUCGUUUGAAAAUUCAAUGCAUUGUUCAGUUAGAGUUGGUUCAGACCAUCGAUAACAUCAUAUUCUUCCCGGCCUUCAGUCGCAAAGAAGACGCGGAAUUGUUGGCAGACAUUGAGUCCGAUGUGAAGCCAAGCAAAGAGUUGGUCAGUAAAUCGCCGGUCAAUCGACAGUCAGAACAACAACAAGAAGAAGAGCAGGGAAUGUAUUCAAUGGUUUCAUCACAAGUAUUGAUCCGUUUGUCUCAAUGUCUCAUUCAAUCGCAUCGUUUCGCCAAAACAUUUAAUCAAAAUCACGAACAAAGGAACGUCUUAUGGAGGGCUGGCUUUCACGGCAAUGCCAAACCAAAUCUACUCAAUCAAGAAGUUAGAAGAUAUUAUUUCGACUCUUUUCUGACGAAACACGACAAGACUGUUGGCCAUGUGUGUUACGGAGCGCUCGAGCAUUACAUGUCUUUGGAAGCUGAGACCCAUAGAGAGACGUGGACUCCACUAAUGGUUCUUAUAUUAUGUAAAUUACAUAAACUUAGCGACGAUAAGCCUCCACUGAGAGGAGCCGUCAGACGGAUCUUCACUCGAAUUGGUUCUGUAGAAAAUCUUUAA